ACUGAGCACAGCUGUCGGCUUCAGUGUCACUAUUUGUAGUCUUUGCUGAACUACUAUCUGCACAGCCGGCCAUGGAGGAUCAACAGGACCCGCAGACGCCCGGUGUCCUGGCGGACAAUGGCAAGAUUGACAUGUCUCUGGAUGACAUCAUAAAGCUUCAGAAUGCUGAGACAGUUGCAAAGCCAAAAGGAAACCAAAGGAACAAAGCGAGAAAUGGCAAUUUCCAAAAUAAGGGUUUUUUUAGAGGAACUCAGAGAAAUCAAGGAGCUGGCAGACAGAGGUUUGGUUUAAAACGUGGAUAUUCUGGCAAAGCCAAUAACCAAGACGGCCCAGUGACACGGAGAAGAGCAGCCUCCAUGAAAGGAGUGAGCCCGUUGGAUCGCCAACAUUUAAAUAAGCAGAGUUCCGUGAACACAGCACAGUCCCUAAUCUCAGAGGGACGUCAACCGCAGAAGAAGAACUUCAGGCAGGCAGCUGUCUCUGGGCGAGUUUUAACUGCAAGAAAUAAAGCACAGAACAGAAGACCGCAGUACAACCAAGUACAAAGGCAACAAAGAUCAAAUGCUGUCAAUCAAAACAGAAGGUUAACGCAACACAUGACUCUAAAUUCUGGCAAGAGGCAACCCAAUGCCAGAUGGCAGACAGAUAAAAGAUUUGGAUCAACUUUAACUGUUUCAGUCCCUAACCCUAAAGCAAGCCAUUCUAAAACAUAUAACAAACUAGGAAUGAAACGUCCAGGUUUGAGGUUCAGAAAACCAAUAGACCAGUCCCCUUUACCAAAAGGAGUCCCGCUUAGAUUUAACUACCGAGCCACGGUUAACCACACCAACGUCACAUUGAACGAUCGGUUCUCCUCUCUCCAGAUUAAAGGGCAGUUCUCACCAUCCAGAAGUAGAGGACGGACUGUUCUUCUUGUAUAAAAUCAAUGUCGCAGCCAAUUGAUGCCGUGAAAGCCUGCAGGACUGUUUUAUACCUUUACCCUUAAAUAACAAAACUGAGAUUUGCAGUUUAUUUGUCACUGGUAAUACUUACAACGGAGGUGAAAAAGAAGGUGGUAUAAAAAUGAUAUGUUUAUCUAGCAAAGACCAAUUAGUGACUCAAGGGCUGAUGCUGUUAUUUCCACCUCCGUGCUGCAUUCACACAAGCACCGAUUUAAUUAACGGAAACCAACUUUGAUGAAAGAGACUGUAAAUUAUAUCUAGGGCUUGGCAGACUGCUUUUGCUUGCACAUGUAACUGAAGUAAAUCGAAUUAAUGAUUCCAUUUGUUAAGUGUAUUGGGAUAAUAUUCUUGCAGUGUUUGGAAGCUGGACAUCUUCAGUGCCUUGGCAGUUUCAUUCAGCUGCCUUUCUAAUCCUCUAUCUGACUGUUAAAUAAAGGUUAUUAUUGUUUACUAAUA